CCUAGAAGCAGGGACUAGGGGAAUGAAAGGAGGUGUAAAUAAAAUACGAAAGUUCUUGGUCUCUCUCUCUCUCUCUUUUAUUAAAUGAAUUAAUUAAUUAUUAAUUAGGACAUAAAUAGUCUACAAGGAAUCACGCCUCCACCGGGACCAGAAGACCAGCUCCAAGCUUUUGAUAUUCGUUUUAGCCCAAUGCUACAUAUGUAUACUUAUUCAUGUACAUAUUUGCGUUGGUAGGACUAGAAGCAGGACCAGCAAGGCUUUUCAGAUAUAUAUUUUUUUAAUCAAUAGGCUACUUCGUUCGGAGGCUUCUAUACAACGGCCACCAAGAUUGCGCUGCUGCUGCUGCCGCUGUUACCACAACUCAUUGCCUGUCCGAAGAUGGCAACUUUAACAAAUGGACAGGUGGACGGCACAAACGGGCUAGUGAACGGAUUAAGCCACAGCCACAGUCCGGCGGGCUGCGGGGGCACCAUCCCCAUGAAAGACCACGACGCCAUCAAACUGUUCAUCGGGCAAAUACCGCGCAACCUGGACGAGAAGGACCUCCGGCCGCUCUUCGAGGAGUUCGGCAAGAUCUACGAGCUCACCGUCCUCAAGGACCGCUUUACGGGCAUGCACAAAGGCUGUGCCUUCCUUACCUACUGUACCAGAGAGUCGGCCCUGAAAGCUCAGAAUGCUCUCCACGAGCAGAAGACCCUGCCAGGGAUGAACAGGCCUAUCCAGGUGAAACCUGCGGACAGCGAGAGUCGAGGAGAAGACAGAAAACUAUUUGUGGGCAUGCUCAACAAGCAGCAAUCUGAAGACGAUGUGCGAUGUCUCUUCGAGUCUUUCGGCAGCAUUGAAGAGUGCACCAUCCUUAGAGGUCCUGAUGGAAACAGUAAAGGUUGUGCGUUUGUAAAGUACUCCUCUCACACUGAAGCUCAGGCAGCUAUCAGUGCACUACAUGGCAGCCAGACAAUGCCUGUGAGUUCAGUAUUCAAUAUGGGUGCAUCCUCAAGUCUGGUGGUGAAGUUUGCCGACACAGAUAAGGAGCGCACCAUCCGGCGCAUGCAGCAGAUGGCUGGUCAGAUGGGCAUCUUCAACCCCAUGGCCCUGCAGUUUGGGGCCUAUGGGGCCUAUGCACAGGUGCAGCAGCAGCAGGCAGCAUUGAUGGCGUCAGUAGGUCAGGGGGGCUACCUUAGCCCCAUGGCAGCCUUUGCCGCUGCACAGAUGCAGCACAUGGCCACCAUCAACGGCCUCCCAGGGGGGCACAUGACCCCCACGUCAGGUGGUAGUACCCCCCCUGGUAUUGGCGCCCCCACAGUGACCAGUAUCCCCUCGCCCAUCAGUGUGAAUGGUUUCACUGGGAUGCCUCCCCAUCAGUCCAACGGGCAGCCCCCUACCGAAGCUGUGUACACCAACGGGAUACACCCCUAUCCUGUGUUGCAGGAGGUGGUUUUUAGAGAGGACUCUGAGAAAAACGGCUUGGCUCAGCGGAGUUGUUUUGGGGUUCAGGGUGGCUGCUACCUCUCUUCUCUCUCUGAAGCUCAGAGUCCUACAGCAGCAGAUCACCUACAGCAGGCAUACACUGGAGUCCAGCAGUAUGCAGCAGCCUACCCUGCUGCAUAUGGCCAGAUCAGCCAGGCCUUUCCCCAGCCUCCUCCUAUCAUCCCACAACAGCAGAGAGAAGGGCCGGAGGGCUGUAACCUGUUCAUCUACCACCUCCCUCAGGAGUUUGGGGAUGGCGAGCUGAUGCAGAUGUUCCUGCCUUUCGGUAAUGUCAUCUCCUCCAAAGUGUUUGUGGAUCGGGCGACAAACCAAAGUAAAUGCUUUGGGUUUGUAAGCUUCGACAACCCAGGUAGUGCCCAGGCUGCCAUCCAGUCAAUGAACGGCUUUCAAAUCGGCAUGAAGAGACUCAAGGUGCAGCUCAAGAGGCCGAAGGACGCCAACCGCCCCUACUAGCCCCUCCCAGCCACCCCUGCCCUGGGGGAUAAGGCAGACGCUGCACACAGGGAAACACAGGUUUUUGUUGAGCUGGAACAUAUGUUGAUUACAUGAACAACGUCAUUGAACUGAAGGAUCACCGGGACCCAGGAAUUAUUUGAGGCUGGUAUGAAACUGGAUCAGAUAAUGGGCUGAACAUGAACAAAUAGAUGACCAAGUAACAGACAACUCUGUUGGAUGUACCUUUUGGACUUCAGAGAAAACUCAUGCAAGCCUGGCUAGCUCCAGGACUCCUACUCUCUUUAUCGCCUCCCCUCCUCUCUUUCUCUCUCCCUAACCCCACCUGAACGACAGCUACCUUACAGGACCACAAGGGAGGUAUUAUAAAAUACAAAUAAAAAAAGGAACAUAGAUGGAGGAAACAUGGAUGCUAGGAGUUCCAAGAAAUAAACAAACUUUGAAAAAUACUUUAUUGGGGAAUGCCAUAGGAUAUCUCUAUGUAAAGGUGUUUGGGUAUGGGGAUAUAACUUUUUAAACAACAAUUUUACAGGACUAGAAAAAUAUGUUUCUCGGAGGAGAGAGAACUUUGUAGGGAAAGCGAUAUUUCAUCUUUAGCUUGGAGUGCCUGUCUGUUUCCAGGGGACAACGUUGGCAAGGAGAGCCAGAGCAACGGUCUCCGGGGAGUCUUACCUGUCAUUCCUUAGUUGUUUUAGGGACCAAAAGACCAAACAUUUUUAUUGCUGAGAACUUGUAGCUCUAUUAGUAUACUCGGACCACUGCAUCUCUUUUAAAUCGCUGUUAACCGAUUAAAGAGUUGCAUUUAAAAGGUGUACAGAGUAUGUAUGUAUGUGUGUGUGUGUGUGUGUGUGUGUGUGUGUGUGUGUGUGUGUGUGUGUAUAUAUA